GGACAGCGGAGAGGCGAGCGGCGCCGGGAAGCUCCCCGGGCGAGCAUGGUGUCGGCAGCCUGGGGAGCGGAGCGCCGGGCCGCCGGCAGCGCUGGGAGGGCCGGGAGCAGGAGGCGGGCACAUGGCGCAGGCGUCCGGCCCGGGGGGAGCCGGCUCCGGGGUGAAGGGAGGGGCGGCCCGAGCUGAGCGCGUGAGGGUACGGACCGCGCUCCCGCCCCGAGCCUCGGCUCGGCCAGGCCAGGCCCGGCUGGCCGGGGGCGGCUCCCGCCAGCGCUGCCCGUUGUUGUUGGCCACCGGCGUAAGGAGCUGAAGGCAUACAGUGGAAGAUGUCAUCUCUGACAAUGAGAGCCCGCUGUCUGGACAAGAGAGGAAGCUUCUUUAAGCUCAUUGACACAAUUGCCUCAGAAAUCGGAGAACUGAAACAGGAGAUGGUACAGCCAGACCUCACGGUGGAAGAUGAGCCUGCUCGUUUGCCAAGUCUAGUAAAGGACAUGGAAAAUGCCUCUCCUGAGAAAAACGAUGUCAAAAGCUGCCCCCGGGACUCUGGAUACGACAGCCUAUCCAACAAGCUGAGCAUACUGGACAGGCUCCUCCAUACUCACUCUGUGUGGCUGCAGCUUGGUCUGAGCGAUGCUGAAGCCACGGAAAUUCUGCAGGCUCAGCCUCCUGGGAUAUUUCUGGUUAGGAAAUCUGCAAGAUUGCAGAAGAAAGUCGUCUCUCUGCAUCUCCCCAGUGACUGUGGGCCCUGCCUAAAAGAAUUUGCAAUAAAAGAAAGCACAUACACAUUUUCCUUGGAGGGCUCUGGAAUAAGCUUUGCUGAUUUAUUCAGGCUCAUUGCUUUCUACUGUAUUAGCAGGGAUGUCCUGCCAUUCACCCUCAAGUUGCCUCAUGCUAUUGCUGCAGCAAAGACAGAAGCUGAACUUGAAGAGAUUGCUCAGCUUGGACUGAACUUCUGGAGCUCCUCGGCUAGCAGCGACCCCCCCGAUCCUUCAGUGCCGCAGCGGCCUGCGCCUUCGGACGGCGCUUGCAAAGGCUCCCGUCAGCUCUGCCUUAUAAAUGGAGUGCAUUCUAUACGGACCAGAACGCCCUCGGAGCUGGAGUGCAGCCAGACCAACGGAGCCCUGUGCUUCAUUAAUCCCCUCUUCUUAAAAGUACACAGCCAGGACCUCGGUGCAAGUCUGAAAAGGCAGAGCCCAAGAACUCUAGACGUGAAUGGCACUGCAAGGCCUCGCUCCCCCCCACCCCGGCCACCGCCACCGUCUAUUAAUAGCAUCCUCACGAGUCCACAGCUUUCCAGGACUAUAAAGCAGCCGAGCAUGCCAGAAACAGUCAACCAUAAGAAAGAGAGAGGCUUGGAUUUGCUGCAGAGUAAGCCAGCCCCUAUUCCGCCUCCCCGCCUGAAGAAGCAGGCUCUGUGCUCAGAGCUGGAAGGUGGCUCAAAGGGCUCAGCGGUAACUCGGCCUGGCUGCGGCUCCCUACCUGCGCCCGCAGCUGCUGGCGUUCCAGGUGAAGCCCUGCCCGAGCCAGCUGCAGCAGCUGCCAGAAAGGCAGCAGCCACGAGCUCUGAGUCACACGUUGCGUGGAAUGGAGGCAGGCAGAGACUGAGCGACAUGAGCAUUUCCACCUCCUCCUCUGACUCCCUGGACUUGGAUCGGAGCAUGCCGCUCUUUGGCUAUGAGGGGGACACUAACAGCAGCCUGGAAGAUUUCGAGGGGGAGAGUGACCAAGAGAGCAUGGCACCCCCUUUGAAGUCCAAGAAGAAAAGAAACAGCUCCUUCGUUCUCCCCAAGAUUGUGAAAUCUCAGCUACGGAAAGUGAGUGGAGUUUUCAGUUCCUUCAUGACCCCCGAAAAGAGGAUGAUUAAGAAAAUUGCAGAGCUGUCCCGGGACAAACGCACUUAUUUUGGAUGCCUGGUGCAGGACUAUGUCAGUUUUCUCCAGGAAAACAAGGAGUGCCAUGUCUCCAGCACCGAUCUGCUGCAAACGAUUCGGCAGUUCAUGACACAAGUCAAGAACUAUUUGUCCCAAAGCUCCGAACUCGAUCCCCCGAUCGAAUCCCUGAUUCCCGAGGACCAGAUAGAUGUUGUCCUGGAGAAGGCCAUGCACAAGUGCAUUCUGAAGCCACUGAAGUGCCACAUUGAAGCGAUGCUGAAAGAGUUUCAUACUGCAGAUGGUUCUUGGAAGCAGCUGAAGGAAAACCUGCAGUUGGUGCGGCAGAGGAAUCCUCAGGAACUGGGAGUGUUUGUUCCAACGCCAGACUUUGUAGACGUUGAAAAGAUUAAAGUCAAGUUCAUGACCAUGCAGAAAAUGUAUUCACCUGAAAAGAAAGUCAUGCUGCUACUGAGAGUCUGCAAACUGAUCUACACUGUCAUGGAGAAUAACUCAGGGAGGCUGUAUGGAGCUGAUGACUUCUUGCCUGUGUUGACCUAUGUACUAGCCCAGUGUGAUAUGCUGGAGCUGGAUACUGAAAUUGAAUACAUGAUGGAGUUGCUGGAUCCAUCUCUGCUGCAUGGAGAAGGAGGCUACUACUUGACGAGUGCUUAUGGAGCACUUUCACUGAUCAAGAACUUCCAGGAGGAGCAGGCUGCUCGACUGCUGAGCUCAGAAACCAGAGAUACUCUCCGGCAGUGGCACAAGAGGAGAACAACUAACAGGACGAUACCUUCAGUUGAUGAUUUUCAGAACUACCUUCGUGUUGCAUUCCAGGAAUUUAACAGUGGAUGCACAGGAAAGACCUUACUAGUAAGGCCGUAUAUCACCACCGAGGAUGUGUGCCAGCUUUGUGCUGAAAAGUUUAAAGUGGACAAUCCAGAAGAGUACAGCCUGUUUCUUUUUGUGGAUGACACCUGGCAGCAACUGACAGAGGACACCUACCCUCAGAAAAUCAAGGCAGAGUUGCACAGCCGCCCGCAGCCCCAAGUGUUCCACUUUGUCUACAAGCGCAUUAACAGCGACUCGUAUGGUGCCAUCUUCCCAAACAGUGAGGACUCAGCUUAAACCAGCAGCUUGGCAUUUAACUUCUGUUCCUUAACUGAUGAAAAAAGAUCUCCUUAGGAGCUAGAACAGGCCCUAAACCAUGAAUGCCCAAUAAAACACACACAGACACUUCUAGCACUGCUUACACAGCCUCCACGUAAACCAUUCCCAUGGCCAGUUACCUGCCACCAGCGUGUUUGAGUAAGCAGCCCAAGGAAGCUGAAGUUCUGGUGCCAGACUCUGUUGAAGCCUGUAUUACUCUGUGGCCCUCUGCAGGUCGUUUUUUGCUGUAGCAAAAAAAGAAAAAAGUCUAUUUUCUUACACUCAUCCUUUAGCCAAAUGUAAUUUUGAUUUAAAUAUGUAUGUAUGCUAGACAAAUAUUUCAGUAAAGUGGCUGGUAGGAGCUCGGUUUUACCAGCUGGAGUUUGAGAAGUCUGUCCGAUGCAGGGCAUCAGUUAACUCAUCAUUACUGGAUGAUUGCAUCCUCUCCUAAUUUUGUGUUGUUUUUUUCCUUCCUUUUUUAAACUACAGAAAAAUGGCCAUGUUUUUAUAUAUUAUAUAAAAUAGAAAUUUUAUAGCAGUUGCAGGUAAACUGUCAGGGUUGGGUUGUUGGUUUUGAAGUAUUUUUUUAACUACAAAGUAUUCUAUAAUUAUGCAUGUGAUCUUUUUAACAUUUAAUAUACAAGAAUAAAUUUCUUGCUGGUUUUAGAGUAUUGCAUUAAAGGCCUUUGUGGUUUCUCUUUUCCUAUUACAGGAAAGUUGUUAUGGAACUUGUUAUCUGUAAGAAGACCUUAACUUGGGUGCUGGUGAUUCCAGUGCCUUUAUCUGAGCUUGAUGUGCUGUUAUUUGGAUUAUUAUUCAUGUGCAGUCUUGUAGACAGAACUAGGGGGUUGGAAGAGGAAAGUGAAAGAAAAGGAUGUAGAGAAGGAGCAGAGAAUGAAUGUAGAGAACCUGAUUUUAGGAUUCAAAAGUUCUAGUCUGCUGGUUCAGGCUCCUUGCAGAAAAUAAGCAAUGGAGGUCACUAAGGAACUUUUCCGUAAGCAGUGUCACAGAAGAGCAAGGGGGUUUGACAGCAGCUAUCCCAGACACUAUUUGUGUUAGCAGAGGAGUAAGUCUGUCAGUGAGGUGAAGGAGAACACUAACUACUUUGUGUAGUGUGUCCUGGACGGAAGGCUGUGUUGUAGCAUUUAGUGGUUUCUGUUAGCGGGUGAGAUGUGAAAGUCAGUCCUGCCUAUGCAAAGAUAGAGUGGGUAUGAAAUGUGGGUGUUCUGUAGGGCCGUCCAAGAUUGCUCAUGCUGUGGGUAGCACUUUGAACCCUACUGCAAUCAGUCAGAGCUACUCUUUUUUCAGAGGGACAUGGGGCUGUCCCCAGUCUGGUGUGAGCAGUGUAAGCAUGGGGCAGAUGACUGAACAAUGUCGUGGUGUGUUGUACCUAGAGAGACCUGUAGCGGUGUUGUCGGUUUGCCAUGUAUCUGAAGCCCCUGGCACAUCUUUGUACUUCGUUUUGUAAAUGGUGAGUUUUGCAUAUAAUAAUACAUUGUAAUACUGAACUCUG